AUGAAGCACGAACGCGCCACGCUUCCGACACCUACAUCGUCAGACUCUUUCUGGCACAGCGAGCCGAAUGAGUUUCUACUGGGUCACUGUACGACAGAGGAAUUGCCCGCCGAGGCUGACAUCGUUAUCGUGGGAUCUGGUAUAACCGGCGCAAGUGCUGCGAGAUAUCUUUCGGAAGACGAAAGGGCUGCUGGCAAGAGCGUUGUCCUGCUCGAGGCCCGAGAGGCAUGCUGGGGCGCUACAGGAAGGAACGGUGGUCACUGCCAACCUCUCCUCUUCGACCGAAGCAGCGACGUCGCUGAAUUCGAACUCAAGAACGUCGCCGCAGUCAAGUCCUACAUCCAAGAUAAUGGCGUCCCUUGCGAGUGGCGAGACGUUACCGGCUGCCGCACAUUCUGGACUGAAGGAGCGAUGAAGGAGGCUGAGAAGGAGAUCGAGCAUCUCCGGGAGAUCGCUCCCGAGAUCGCACGCCACGUCACCAUUAUCAAGGACAAGGAGGAGCUGAAGAAGCAUCGCGUCUCGCCCGACUGUGUCGGAGCGACGCUGAGUGAAGGAGCUGCGAGUUUAUGGCCAUACAAGCUAGUCACAUUUGUUCUCAAGAAGCUCAUCAAGACUGGCCGGCUCAACCUACAGACUAAGACUCCCGUCACUGAGAUUACCUCAUCAGAUGGUACGCACACCCUCCACACACCCCGCGGUACCAUUAGCAGCAAGACCGUCAUCCUCGCAACGAACGGUUACACAUCAGCCAUCUUACCUCACUUCGCCGAUCUCAUUGUGCCCUGUCGUGGGGAGAUGUCAGCCCUUUUCCCACCUGAAGGAUCGACCCUUCUCCCCGACUCGUACGGCAUGGUUGGAGCUCUAGGUCAACCGGAGAACAACGACGACUAUCUCAUCCAGCGCCCAUUCGAGGGCGUUCCAAAUCCCAGUGGUCACUUGAUGUUUGGUGGCGGCCGCGGAGCUGGAAACUUCCCAAGCAUAGGCAUCUCGGAUGACAGCGUGAUUGACGAAGGCUCCGCUGCAUAUCUCCGCGGUGCGCUGUUGAAGGUCUUGAAUUUGGGAGGGCAAACCGAGGGCUUACAUGAGCUUAAGGCUGCGGCACAGUGGACUGGCAUCAUGGGAUAUUCUCGUGACGACCACCCAUGGGUGGGCAAGGUGCCCGAUAGAGACGGCUUAUGGCUGGCCGGCGGAUACACAGGACACGGUAUGCCAAAUGGUACAUUAUGCGGCAAAGCAGUUGUCGACAUGGUACUGGGCGAAAGCGACGGCAAGGACCUGACCGCCGUGCACGAGGAGAUGGUUCAGAAGGGAGACAUCCCCAAGAGCUACAUCAUGACAAAGGAGAGAAUUGACCGGGCAAGGCAGAUGCUUACGGUACAGCAACAAGAUGCGCAGGGCGUACACAUGAAUGGCGUUGUAUAG